UUAAUUUUUGCUGAUAUUGCUGUAACAUGCAUUCCCAAAUGCAGCUGAUCUCAUAAACCACUGCCGUCUUACCAUAGCCUGGCUCCCCACGGCUGGGUGCCUUUUACGUGCUCCUAGCUAAUGCGGCAUUUGCUGUGCGGCUUUGGGAUGGGACAGGAGGCUGGUGGCAGCGGCUCAUCCCCAUGUGUCACCUCCAGGACAUCAGCCUGUGUGUCCCUCCCGUUCGUUCGUAGGGCUGUGCCACCACUGCUUUCCAUUAUCACUCACUGCCACAGCCUCUUCUGCAUGACUCAACAAAACUCCCCUGACAGCUAUUUCUAGCCUAGUUAGCGAGGUCGGGCGUGUUAUUCAUGACACUUUCUUCCUCUCUGGUGGGGCUCCAGCCAGGCUGGGACCUGCCACCAGCUCUCCAGCACGCAGACCUUCAGCCAGAGGAGACCCUGGCAGGGGACAGAAGGGAAACGCAGCUCCCAGCAUCUCCCCUGCCUUGCAAAGUCCCGUACUGCCUUCUGCAGCAUCGCUCGCCCGGGUUGUCCCGAGCUGCUGGGGAGGGGGUGCAGAUGCCGACACAUGUUCUGCAGCUGGAUCCCCUCAAUCCAGCUGCUCCGGGGCCCUGGGGACAGGGCGUGCUGCAAAGCCUGCUCUGGGCUGCCUUGGCGUGUGCUGCCUGCAAGAGGACAUGGCUGCGGCUGCAGGCAGCCCUGGUCACGGCAGCACACGAAGUGUCACCAGGUGCUCUGUCUCCUUACAGCUUGAACCCACGAGCAGGUGUAGACCCGCGGUCCCCGGUCCCAGCUUCGGGGCACUGGAAGGCAGCAUCGCGCGUAAGCGGCUCUGGAGGAGAUCGGCUGGCAGGAGCGAGUCCUUGCCGGUCCCCGUCACCCCCAGCCUGCUUCUCAGUAUCCGUCCUGCGGUGAGGUCACCGACUCCACCGCUACCUCGGAAAGAGGAAGGAGGACGGUUUCGCUAAAGGAAAGCAACCCUCUGCAGCAGGACAGUCACCUGGCACCCAGGGUGACCCUCACCAGCAUCCCCAGCCUCCGGCGGGGACGGGAUGCUCCCAGGCGCCCGCCCGCAGCAGGGAUCUCGUCCACAACCUCUGGGACGGGAUGGAAGCUGGCCACGGAGCGCGACCUGCCUCCUCGCCGAGACGUCAGCGCCACAUGACGGCGUGCCACAGCCACCUGCGUCACCACGACCCGGCGCUGUCACGGCCUCCCAGGCAAAAGGAUGUGGCUCCUCACGCGGUCGGUCAGUCGCACCUGCAGAUGAAGCCCCAGCAGCGCGGCUGCACCUUCUCCCCACGGUGGCUCUCCGGCGCGGGCAGGCUGGGGAAGGAAAGCCUUUCUCCUGAGCUGGGAAUCCCCUCCUGCCCUACUCGUUCCCCAAGAGAGAGCCUGACACGGAAGAGGAAGAGGUAUUUUUAGCACUUAGCCUACGAUUGUUUCAAGGAUUGAGCUAAGAAGAGGAAUUGACAUCAAAUGAAGGAUUGCUUUUGCUUUAAGGGGAAGCCUUUUUUUUUUUUCCUUCCUACUACUCAGUCAUUGCAAAACUUUUCUGUGAAAAGGGAUUGGUAAAAAUCACCUUUUGUAGGAGGCAGCAGGAGAUUGGCGUCAGAAACCGCUGGACGCUGUUCCCUAUGCUGGCACUGGCUCCUCGUGCCCUUGCCCAGCUCCCACGGUGACCUCGCAUCCCAAUGGAAGGGGACAGGGUGGUACUAAGCCCCUCUGCCCCAGCGCUGGUCACAGCUCCCAGCACCUGCGAAGCUAUGAGCUGCCUCCACCUGCCAGACCGUCCUCGCACACGUCCUCUCUGCAUUCCUGCUCUCCAGCAGCUUUUCCUGACUGUUGUCCAUGGCUUCUUCUGAAGCCCCUGGGAACCCAGGUGCUUUCGCCUGCCCAGCUGCCAUCCAACCCCAGUAUGUAGUGGCUAUGGCAACCCAUUUGAGAUCCUCCAGGUCCCAGAAUAAGAUGCCAUCCACACCUUGAGGAGUUUGCCUGAAAGCAAUAUGGUUAAUAGGGGAAAAAAGUGCCUUGCUGCAAUGUAAGACUUGUCAGCACCCACAUGACAGGCAGGAGCAUGGUGAGAGCAGGUUCUCCAGGGACCCGAAAGGGAGAUGGUGGCCCUUAAAAGCAAAACCACUGGCCAGAAGGUGGCAAUAUCCCCUCUCCUUUCUGGGCCUGACACUGUGCAGAGCAGAGAAGGGAUCAGCCCCUUGUGCCAGGGAUGGGUCCAUUUUGGUUUGGAAGCUCUAACCCCACUCGGACCCACCUUUGGAUUGAACAGCUCAGGCAACGGCAGGACGAUGCUCCACGUCCCACCCAGGUGGUUGGGCAUCCCUGAUGUCCAUCUCCUGAAGUUCAGCCUGCACUGGCCAUAGUGGGUGCUGGUGUUGUGAAUGCCACAGAACCUAUGGCCACAGGGUGUUCCACGGGGAGGGGGGGUUGCAAAGCCCUGCCCCAGGGAGGAACAGCCCCAGGCACCAGUAUAUGCUGGGGCCACCCAACUGGAAAGCAGCUUCGCCUAGAUAGCAACCCUAGACCUUCCUCCCCCUCCACCUGCACAGAGGUGGGCUUGCACUUUGCCCACCUUGGUGUCUUGCUCAGGAGAGAUUAGGGGACUGCUGACCUUCCUGACCCUCUUGUCUGAAAUCUUCUGUCGUAGGGUCUAUUUGUGCUGAUGGUCACUUUUUAAAUCAUUCCAGAAGGAUUAGCAUCUCCAGCAGAGCCUGUGUUCCCACUGAAACCUCCUCAUCCCUCAGCAGAGAUGUGGCAAUGGGACAAUUUGGAGCAACAACCAGCAAAGCAGCUCUUCCUGGCAGGCUGGAUGCAGGACACCUGCUGCAAAGGAGUCCAGGGCAGAGUGUAACUGGGAGGGACUGGAAGCCACUGGAGGCCCUGCAUCCCUCUGGCUGGUGUCUGAAGAAGGAGGUGUCUCAUUAGAAAUGCCCAGCACACAGGAUUGCCUUUGCUUGGCAAUUCCUGCCUUGCACAUGCUUGGUGAACCACUGCCCUCCCUCUGCCCACUGAGCACAUGAUGCCCAAAAAAGCACCCAGGCACCUCCCAACACUGACAAAAGCAGCUUUUCCUGGUCAAAAAAUUCCUAAUCCCUCCAGAAGCUGUUCAGAUUUCCCCGCAAUGUCCCCCUCUGGCCCAAGGCAUUUCCGCAUUCCCCAAGGCUGAAAAGGGAACUUACAGAGAAUAUGAUUUCAUAACAUCAAAAUCCUCGGAGUUAGAGUGAAAGGAGCGCUUGGGCUAGCACGAGGGAGAAGUGUGGACACCGUAUCUGAUUUGGGGUCAAGGUAAGAGAAGGAUCUGCAAAAGCCAUGAUUGAGAAGGUGAGAUGUCAAAGAAAUAUCAGGGACUUCCAGAGCACAGUGAGUACCAGCAGAACCGAACUGACUCAGGAAAGGUGAAAGCCAAACUAUGUCGCUGCAGUGAGACGGGUCUGACUUCGGUCUUUUACCAAAGACGAUGGAUAACUUCAUGACAAAGGACCCCAGCUUUACCCCAGGGCCGAAGGAGUCCCACAGCACCCAGCUGUUGGUCAUACAGCAGGGCCCCAGGCACCCCAGGGUGCUGUCACCCUGUCCCGCACAGCACCAGCAUCUGGCCCCAACAGCGGGUGCUGCUUCGUACCUCAACCCGCGGGGUCCUGUGAUGUGUAUAAGCAAAAUCCAUCAUGCCGGGGACUUAACAGGGACUCUCUCUCCUUGCAGAGCCCUCGGUGGAAGGGGACCAGGUUUGGAGACUGGGUUCAUCUCUGCCACAUGCCACCCGGGACUGGAGCCAGAGAGAGUUUGAUCUUACGGGGGACAGCAGUACCAGGGUUCAGGUGAGCCCACUCCUGCAGAACAUCCUUCCCACGGAUGCAGAGGCCAGUGCGUUGCCAGCAGAUCGCAUUGCCCCUGCGGAUGGAUGAAGUCUGCCCAGAUGCCUGUGCUCAACCUCCCUGCAGGCUCGGGCUGACGGAGAGCGGCAGCGGGGUGGCCUGGAAUGAAAGCCACCACUGCCGGCUGCUCGCCGGGUUGGUGCCGGACCAGUUCCAGAUGUGCCGGAGGAACCUGGAGGUCAUGCACAGCAUCGUCCGGGCCGCCCGCCGGACCAAAAGCGUCUGCCAGAAGACCUUCACAGACAUGAGGUGGAACUGCUCCUCCAUCCAACGUGCCCCCAGCUUUGGCCCUGACCUGCUGAAAGGGACCCGGGAAUCCGCCUUUGUCUACGCCCUGGCUGCUGCCGCCGUCACGCACUCCAUCGCCCAAGCCUGUACCUCGGGAGAACUCCCUCUCUGCUCCUGCGGCUCCGUCCCCUCGGAGGUCCCCGGGCCGGACUUCAGAUGGGGUGGCUGCGGGGACAACCUGCGCUACGGCCUCCAGCUCGGCACCGCUUUUGCUGACAGUCCCUUAAAAUCCAGCAAACUGGGGACACAAGCGCUGAAGGCCAUGAAUCUGCAUAACAAUGCCGUGGGCCGGCAGGUGCUGAGUGACUCCCUGGAUACCAAGUGUAAAUGCCAUGGUGUUUCAGGCUCCUGUUCGGUGAAGACCUGUUGGAAAGGACUGCCAAACCUGGAUGAAAUUGCCUCUGACCUCAAGUCCAAGUACCUGGCAGCCAUCAAGGUGACCCACCGGCUUAUAGGGCCCAGGAAGCAGCUGAUACCCAAAGAAAUGGACAUCAGGCCAGUGAAAGAGACGGAUCUGGUUUAUCUCAACAACUCUCCUGACUACUGCACACCGAAUCUCCACCUGGGGUCUCUGGGGACACAGGAUAGGCAAUGCAACAAGACCUCCGUGGGCAGCGACAGUUGCAACCUGAUGUGCUGUGGCCGCGGCUACAAUGCCUACACGGAGGAGGUGGUGGAGAGGUGUCACUGCAAGUAUCACUGGUGCUGCUACGUGGUGUGCAAGAAGUGUCGGCGGAAGGUGGAGAGAUAUGUCUGUAAAUAACGCCAGAGGCGUCACGGCAGGCGGGAGGACUCUUGUGUCGGUCUCCUCCAGGGCACAGCUGGAGACCGAGCGCCAACCGCAAGGGAUGCUCUGAGCUACGGCAAGAAGGCGGCUAUGCGGGAAGCCUGGACUCUCGCAUUACCGUGGCAGACCUCAAACUGAGAGGUGCCGGGAAGCCGAAGACCAGAGGCCGACCUCUGUUCCAUCUCUCCAGAGCAAGACAAAGGGCUGCCCUCCUGCAGCUGAUCGGGAGUGUCCAGCCCUCUGUCUCCAGCUGGGGACAAACCAUUUAUCACUCCGCAUGCACAGGCCCUUUUCUCCAAGGGUGAAUGGGGACCCUGGGCUGCCAUUGUCUCUUUGCAGGAGGCUUCUGACAGUGGCCUGAAAGCCAGGAGUGAUGGAUGGGAAUGGGGAUAGACAGUCGUCCGUUGGGAGAAGGCUGCAGGGGAAGAAAGCUGCUUUGGGUGAGGGGGUCAUGGCCAGCUCCUCUGGGGACAGGUUUCCACUGUGGGAUCACCCAACACCACUGAAUGUUCUUCCUCAGGGACAACUACUGGUCCUGUGCCCUUCGCAGCAUCUGAAAUGAAGACAGGCUGGGACACAGGCAGAACCAGUUAUUGCUCCAGGAGACAGAACUUGUCGAUCCUCCCCAUGACCUGUAUGGACAUUGCUGCUGCUCUCAGUGGUGACUGAUGAUAGCAGACAGAUCUAGGGACAGGAGUGGUCCCAGAGGCUACCGAAGCAGGGCAGCAUUGCAAAACUGCACCCAGCGGCCUUGUAUUAACAAGGCAGCCAUGGCAGCACUGUAGCUUCUGCCCUCUGGGCUUGUGUUGGAGGUGGAAGCCCACUCAACGUGUGGCAUAUUCACGGCUUGUCCUUCCUGCCCCUUCUUUUAGACCACUAAGGUCUUCAGCCCACUCCUUCCACCCCCUUAAUACCAGGUGUGCUGGCACUCUGGCCUGGAGAGAGGACAUGACUCCAGGGACCGAGGGAAAUAAGAAUGAACCUUUAGUCUCUGUACUUACUGUAAGUGGGAUUCUGGUGUGUGUUUUUAAAAUAAAUGUCUUAUACUGUACCUCUCUGCGACAUGUUUCCUAGGUCAACCUCCUUUCUCCAACUCCUUCUCAGCUGGCCACAGAGAAAGCGAGGCUGUAAGAUAUGUGUCAGCCUCAGCUACUGUGCACAUAUGGAAAACCUGUGGGAAGGUUUCUGUCGCCUGUUUCCUCAGGUCUCUGACCAGCCAGCAAGGAAUCCGGCUUCCUGAGAUUCAGUGCUGGUGGCUGGAAACCGAGGCAGUCCGGGAUCAUUUUCUGAUCCUUGCGAACAUGGGCUGGAAUAGCCAAGAGCACGUGUGUGAACAGCAAGGAGCCAGGAGCCAGGGAUGGGGGCUCUGAUGGCCCCCCAUUUCCCUUAGCACGGAAACUAAGCGCUUCCAUGGGAUAAGAGCUUCCCGUUCAUGCAGCCUUUGGAGAGAAAGGAUGAGUCUAAGCACAGAGGUGCUGAGGAGAACCCGCAGCACAAGGAGGACAGGUAAACAGGAUGGAAAUCCUAGGGCAAUUUCCUGCAGCUCAUGCCACGACCUAGAGACUCUGGUGGCUUUGCGUGCGCCUUGGUUUAUUUGUGGUUUGCAUUGAAUGGAGUUGGCUGCGUUCAGCCCUAAGUCCAGCUGUAUGAUUACUCAUUUCCAUAUUCAUUUAAUCAUUUUUAAUAGCCUCUGCUGGGUCACGGAAUCAAUUCAUGAGCUUUUAUUGUAAACCAUCCCUCCACUUAAUGUGCUCCAGGUUUCUGUAUUAACAGUGAACGAGAGAGAGCUGAGAGUCAAAGGUGGCUUGAGACAAGCCUGGGAGCUGGAAGUUGAAAUGCUCAGGGGUGAAGCAUAUGCUCACAUAGUUAACCAAGUGAGUUAACUAUCAUUAUCAGUUGUUAAUGUUCCAUUGACUUGAUCUGGCUGCUGACAUCUAGCCUUCCCAGAGUGACAGUACAGCCACAGCUUGCAAGGCUUCCGUCACAGCUGCCAAAGGCCAAAAAGCUAUCUCGAGUUUGUCUUUUAAAAUGCAAUUAGGGGUUAGCCACCAGCAUUCCUCAGAAAAGGGAGUCUUCAGCAGCCAGGCUGCAAAAUAGCUGCAGUUUCUGUGUCCAGAGCCAGGCUGAGCGGGGAGGUGAUGCAGGUACUUAAUUAGGAGGAUUGCUUAAAUACCUUCCCUACAGCCACCUCGCUGUGCCUAGCCAGAUCAGAGGGAGGUGAAACCGGGAGGGGCUGUGAACUGGGCAGAGCAUUGCAAAACGAGCUGGUGAGAAAAAAACAGGGGAAGGAUCUUGUGGAGUGAGAGAUUCAGCCAGGAGGGUGGGAAAUGUGAUUUGCAUUUGGUAACUACAAACACACAUAGCCUGGGGUAGAGGAGAGGAGCCACAAUAGCUAGGAAUGCCCCGGGGAGAUGUCAUGAUCCCCUCCUAGAGAGGUCCCAUUUGAAUUUCUGCCUGGGAAAAGGCAGGGUCAAGUGCUGAAUAUGCAGAGUCCUCUCCUUCCCUCGCUUCUUGCAUCUUGACUGCAAGCCCAACAGGGAAGAGCUGGGAAAGGACUGGAGGGGUCAAUCAGCAGCGAGGACCUUGGGCUCCGUUUGCGUCCUGCAGGAAAUUGGAAAGCACUGUAAUUAGUCGAAGGGUGCAAAGGGUCAGGCUGGCGGGAAGGACGAUGGUGGGGAGGUGACAGUCAAGUGACAAUGCUGAGUGGGAGGUGGUGUAAUCUGGGCCCAUACCUGGAUUUACCAGGCUUGUGAGAUCUGCUGGACUGGAAGAGUCUCCUAGAGCAAGGCAGUCGGCAUCUGACGAUGGAUCCAGAUGGAAUAAACCCUGUGCUUGGCCCCAAGGGUUGAGGAGAUCCAUCUGACUGGAUGCAUUUUCUCUCUCUAACCCUGCUUGGACAGAAAAGCCAGCAGGAAGGUGCCAGCGGAACACGGAGCUCCUUCCUACAGCCCGGGUUAGCACAAGCACCCUCUGAGGUAAAAAGAUGGGAAAACUCAGACCCCGAUAUCACCUUCCAGUGGCUUCCAGCACCAGUCAGUGCAACACUCUGCCAGAGAAAUCGGUGCAAGAAGGCCUUUCUCCAACCCUCUACACCUUUGCUUCCACCCUAAACAUCUCCAGCUCUGACAGAUAGCCCUUCAGGACCUGAAUAAACCUGGGCAAGGACAGUAGCAGUGUCCCUGAAACCAAGAGCAUCUCUGUAACAAUUGUGGCUUUGCAGCCCUUCAGACACUUCCUCAUGCGUUUCUUUUGCCCUGCUUUCACAAUCGGUCCUCUCCAGACUGCGGUAGGCUGCUGUCAUUACCCUCUGCUUCACGAACCCUCGCCGGGCUCGCUGCUAAUGUGACGGCUCUACCUCUUUGACUUUCCUGUCAUUAGCCAUUUUUCCUGAUGUUUUGUGGCUUUUUGUUUAUCUGUCUCUCUGGAAAUGAGACUCCCCAGAGCUGAAUUCUCCAUGGCCAUGGCAGAAGUCUUUCACUUUCUGGUGCUAUGGGAGAGAUGGCUGUGAAAAUGGCUUGUGUGUAGAAGAAAACUAUCCCUCUUCAUGAAAUGUGGUGAGAACCAGGCAAAGGCUUUGCUCUGAAAAGCCUCCUCUUGGUUACUGCUUGACUUUUAAUUGGGGUUUGAAAGGAGUAACACUGGUAUGAAUGCGAUCAUUCCCUGCUGGUUAGACUCGUGCAGAAAAUGAAAUCUGGAGAAAGGCAAGUGAUUUUCAUGGACUCUUUUGACUUUGCUGCUAAAGCACUGAUUUUUUUUUUUUUGUCCUUUUAUUUCUUUAUUCAUUGAGGGAUGCUGCAUAACUUAUUCCAGGAGGAUAAUAUGAGCAAGGGCAACAAGCUGUUGGUAAUCAAGUAACCGUUUUGGAGGAAGAAUGACUCUGUGUUCAAGAACAUGUUGUGAUAUUUCUUCCCUACAGCCCUGGAUU